CCUGCGAGCGCUCGCUCGGGGCGCGGCGGCACCGCCGGGCCGGCUCGGAGCGAACCGAUCCCCGCCGCCGCUGCAUCUCCCGUCCCUCCCUCUCUCCCCGCCUCCCUCCGUGGGUCCCCGCCUCCCUCCGUGCUCGCGGAGCCCGUCUCGCCGUGUCCCUCGGCGGGAGCCGUCGCGGGCGGGCGCGUCGCGAUGUCGCUGUGGCUGCGGCGGGGCCGCGGCCCGGAGCGCUGGGCGGCCGAGCGGCGGGAGCUGCAGGAGCGCAGCCGGCAGCAGUGGGAGAGCACCAGCCGCGCCUUCGCCCGCGCCGCCGCCUGCUGCUCCCUGCAGGCGCGGUGGAGCGAGCCCCGCGUCCCCCCGCCAAGCGCGGCGGCGGCGCGGCGGGACGCGGAGGAGGCGGCGGCGCGGCUGGAGCGGCGGCGGGAGCGGCUGCGGCGGCUGCUGGGCGAGGAGCGGGAGGCGCUGGCGGCGGAGCUGCGGGAGCGGCGGCGGGGCGGGAUGCGGAGCCGGGAGCUGCGGGACGGCUCCGGAGAGUGCGGGAGGAAGUUUGCUGAGCCGCCGCUGCAGGAGCGCUGGAACAAAAACAACGCGGAGCUCCGAGAGGCAGAGUCUGAGCUGCACAGGAAGCAUGUGAGGGAGGCUUGGGAUGAUCAGCUAACACAACAAAACAAGGAAGAUGUGACCAAACUUGAAGAGAAGAAACGUUAUGGAAACGAGUGCGAAACGGCACGAGGGGAAGCGCUGGAAAGAACGAGACAAGAGGAAGAGAAGCUGGAGAAGCAGCAAGCAGACACCUUGCUUCAGCAGAUAGAAGAACUGAAACUGCAGGAGACAAAGGCAACAAAGCUGAAAAAGGAACAAGAGAAUUUGUUAAAGCAGCAGUGGGAGCUGGAGAAUUUGGAAGAAGAAAGGAAACAAAUGGAAGAACACCGGAGGAAGAAAGAGCUCGGUCGCUUCUUGAAGCAUCAGUGUGACGUCCAGUUAAGGAGACGAGCGCAGCAGGUACAGGAGGAGCUGGAGACAGACAGGCAAAUCUUAUCAGCCCUCCUGGAGAAAGAAGAGGAGGAUCAGAGCCGGCAGAGCGCGCGGCGGGGACGGGCAGUGGCAGACGUGGCCUGGAUGAAGAAGGUCAUCGAGGAACAGCUCCAGCUGGAAAAGGAGAGGGAAGCAGAGCUCGAGACUAUCUUCAGGGAAGAAGCAAAAAAAAUGUGGGAGAAGAGAGAAGAAGAGUGGGAAAGAGAGAAGGUGGCCAGAGAUCGCCUGAUGAGUGAGGUCCUUGCAGGCAGGCAGCGCCAGAUCAAAGAGAAGAUGGAGCUAAACAGAAGGGCCCAAGAAGAAUCCAUUAAAUAUCGAGAGCAGCUGAUCAAAGAACUCGAGGAGGCCAAGGAAGGGACUCGUCGGGAGAAGGAGCCGGAGGAGGAAGAGCAGAGAGCCCAGAGGAGGGAGCUGCAGGCACAGUUCUACAGUUACCCAAGGGCAGCUUGGACCUGAGGAAUGAGCAUAAGAUGCAGCUCUAGACUACAGAGACAAAACUCUGAGGACUCAAGGAACUCCUGAAAUAAUGGUGCCUCUGGAAUAGCCUACAGUGAGAUCAAGACUUGACUCAGUAGAUUUCUGAGAACAUUUAGUUGUGGCCAAGCUGAAGAGGAGAAAAGUCCUACUGUCUUCAGGAAUGUGGAGGUGUGAGCACCUUCAGAGAAGUGAACUGCUUCACUUUGCAUUCUGGAGUUGUGCUCGUGUAUUUUAGCACAUGAGAGGCUGAAGCAACCCAGCAAAUGGAAGGGCCCUAUGGACCUGAGCCACCAAAGAAUCUGUGUCUCCCCAGGAAGAAGAGCUGUGGGCUUGUGUCAGACUCCCACCUUGGAGAAUCAGGCUGUGAGGAGUUAAUUAAUAAUGUAUAUUGCAAAUCAGAUCAUGUGUGCUGUGGCAGCAGUGCCUGUCCAGUUCCUCUCCAGAAGGUGCUGAACACAUAAACAUUGUUUUUCACUUGUUUCAUAAAUAAUGAAUAACUGAAACCUGAACAAGGAUUUGGUUUUGUUACAUGAGCAAAGUACUGCAGCAACAGGAGAGGAGAUUGAGUUGAUUAUUGCAGUUUGUUCCUUGCUGUUACCAUCGCAGCUUGACAUCAGUCCUGUCACAGUGCACAAGGAGCUGUUACAAAGACUGGCAUUUUCCUCAAGAGUAGAAACCUUUCCAGAGAUCUUAAAAGAACCAGCAGUCAAAUAAGCCCACGUUAUUUCACACACUGAAAGGGUUUUAGCAUUUUAUAGUAAUACUGUAAACAAAAGAUUAAAAGUCAAAAUAUUGUACAGACAGAAUGACACUGAUAAAUACAAGGUUUGGAAAAAGGCAAAAAAA